CUCAAAAUUCUCACUAUAAAACUGACACAAAAUCUUGCAAGCCAACAGAAAAGAGAGUCCUAUUUGAGUUCUCAAGGGGAAAGAAAAACAAAGGAACUGUUCAGACAAAAAACAGUUGGCAAAGUUUGCAGAAAAAAGGAGGACAUGGGCUCAAUUCUUGAAAACAAAGGUGUUGUGAUUUUGUUUUUCAUCUUUAGUUUGUUUGAGCUGUCUGCUGGAGCUGUUCAUAAGGUGGGAGAUUCAGCUGGUUGGACCACUGUUGGGAAUGUUGAUUACAGGCAAUGGGCUGCUGCAAAAACCUUUCAACUUGGUGAUAUUAUAGUUUUCGAGUACAACCCUCAGUCUCACAACGUGAUGCAAGUCACACAUGCGGAAUACAAGGCAUGCAACGCCUCAUCCCCCAUUUCUACCCACACAACUGGAAACGAUUCCAUCACCAUCAACACUCACGGCCACCACUUCUUCGUGUGUGGCGUGCCGGGGCACUGCCAAGCCGGGCAGAAAGUCGACAUAAACGUCCUUCGGUCUCCUUCACCAGCACCUAGCCCGUUGGGACCAUUGCCCUCUCCAGUUCCUGGAUUCACAUUACCAGCACCUUCUCCCAGUAAUGCAGCUUCUCCCUUUGCUGUCAACAUGCUUUUCCGGAAGCUCUCAUGGCUGCUGCUGCUGCUAUCCGUAUGUGUUUAGCUUAUCUUAAUUAAUUGCAAGAAAAAUCAUUUCUCAGCAGGUUCCUUGUCUUCGGUUAUUGGGCUGUAAUUUCUGUUUGUCUAUUUGUUUGAAUGAGCAAUGCUAUAUUCUACACCAUGCUUUUGUAAAGCAUAGACAGAUUUUCUUGAAAGAAAAAUGAGGAUUUACAUUUUUGGAUUGGA